UACGCGUCCCUGCUUCUCCAAAAUUACGGCAAGCGUUUGGCCAUUGGCGACGCAGCGCAUACAGCAGAUGUGGCGGCCUUCUGCAGCGUUUACGAGCUCACAUUGCUUCCAUCCUUUCAGCUCUGGCGUCCCUCCCUCUCACAGAUCAUUCAGGCUGUGCUUCCGUGUUGUUCCUGAGACGGCGCUGUGCAUUCUGUCAAGAUGUUUGCAUCAUUUGUUCCCACCCGGCAACGGAGCGCCUCCAGCGCCAACGCCCCCGGAUCUGCUGAACAUUUCUUCUCUAAGAAGCAGAAGUUGCAGCACCAGGAACAUGAAAAGGGACUGAAUCCUACAUUUGACAAUGGUGCCUGGGAAACUCUGCCCACUGCCCAACCCUACGGCCCGGCCCCCGGCAACACAUUGUUAGCAGAUAUGGCUUUGGCAGAUGAACCUCAGACAGGGUGCCCGGCUUCUGGAGAUGUCAUGCCCUUCCCAGACAACCUUCUCGACAUCCCUGAUGACCUGGACAUUGACAGGAUGUCGUUCUGCAGCUCCGACACAGAUUUUGAGGAUUUAGGGGAGGAUUACACUUCCAACCCCAGGGACGAGCAGCUGGACAUCUAUGGGGAGAGUGCAUCCUUGCUUGGGAUGCCUGACGACAAGAAAGGAGUUGACAUGGGGGUGCUCUCCUGGCUGGAGGCAGGCUUUCCUUCCUACCCCAAUGCAGAGGGUUUCAGGCUUCCUGCAGCACUGGACAACACCCUCUGCGAAUAUCAGUUGCCAGCGAGCGCAACCCACGAAGCCAUUGUUCCUGGAACUCCCGCCGCCACUCCCGGCUUCACUUCUGAGCAGUUUUCCGCUCUGAAGAAGUUUGCCGACACGACCAAUCUCGACGUUGUCAUUGAACCCGACGGCAUCAAGCUGAAGCGCUCCCCCCAGGCAACGCCGGACUCGUUUCUGACGCAAGCCCCGCCUGGCUUUGGUGUGGACACGGGCCUGAGCGAGCGGGAAUUCACGGAGGGCCCUCUGCGCAUGGAGGCCGAAUCUGCUGGCAGCCACGUGGACCCUAUGAUCCCCACCCAGCUCUUCCCGGAGACCUCUACCGGGGCUCUGGACUUCUCCGCUCUCCCGUUGGAGUCGCCCCCCCCUUUCGACUGCCCCCCCGUCGCUGACUAUAGCUGUGACAUCACCGACGAUGAGCUGUUGGCCAUCCUCUUCGGCUCGGAUAGGGAGGGAGCCGUGGAGAUUCCCAAAGCUGCUACCGAAGAGGUGACGGACUCCGAGUUCCUGCCCAUUUGCAACGAGGCGGACAGCCUUUCCGAGGACGGCACCUUCCAGAUCAACGGCCGCCCGGUGACAAGGAUGUCGUCAGCGGAGUUCGCCAGGACCAGGCCUUACGAUCUGCAAGUCGUGUCCGAGGAGCUGUCCAAGGAGCCCCCCCACCCCGAGACAAGCCUCAACUGGUGCUUCAUCAUCCCCAACCGGAGUCCGAAAGACCUCAACAAGUUCCUCCCGGAGAAGACGUGGACCAACGGGGGAAAGAACAAGGAGAAGCCCACCGAACUCAACAACGCAAUGACGGUCCAACAUAUCGGCUUUCAGGCGCACAAGCUCCCUCGGGCAGAAGUUCCGGGCUACCUGCAACUGGACGCAACAGAUCGGGCCAUGCUCCGGUUCUCCAUGAAAGUCUACACCCGGAGGGGGGUGAGGAGCUGCAAGAAGGCAUACCCCACCGCUUACGUCGUGCUGACGUUGAAGAAGCCGAUCCGGAGGCUGCGCCACGCGCGUCGGGGUUAGUAGCAAGGGUUUGGCGGUGUUAAAAACGGAUAUACAUGGGUUACGAAGGAAACUGGUGUUGUAUAAAGACCUGUGUAUGAUACUAAUUGAUCUAGUCCUGUGUAUGAUAGUGGGCGCCAAUCCUUUUGCUAUACACAAUAAGUUUAGUCAGCCGCGGGCUUUUGAAGCUAGGGCGUGUCAUCUUACAUGUCACGUUCAGUCGUGACAAACGGCAUGUUAACGGCUUGUUAAUACUAAGAAUCUAGGAAGUACUGGUCUGAGCAGCCGGAUUUGAGGGGAUUUUGGUAAGACGGCUAGGUGUCGGACCUCAAGGCUGCCUUUGGGAAUUACCGAGGUACGCAGCUAGAACGUUGGGGACAUACAGUGUUUGCUAUGUUUGUUCCUUGGACCUAGGGGAACGAGCUUAAAUUGCUAAAAGCUAGACGAUCUUGACCCGGGACCCGUAGCCGCCGGCGGCCCCCUCGAUCAGAACGAAACCCAGGC